GUGCGUGUUUCCGGCUCCGCUGCGGAAGGCCGAGCACUGGAGCCGUUGGGCCGGACGCAAGCCGCAGCGGCGGGGCGAGCGCGGGGCGCGAGUGCGGAGCUCUGGUCUGCGAGCGUAGCCGGGAGCCGGCGCGAUGGGCGGAGAGCAGGAGGAGGAGCGGUUCGACGGCAUGUUGCUGGCCAUGGCGCAGCAGCACGAGGGCGGCGUGCAGGAGCUUGUGAAUACUUUCUUCAGUUUUCUUCGACGCAAAACAGACUUUUUCGUUGGAGGAGAAGAGGGGAUAGCAGAGAAGCUGAUCACACAGACCUUCAACCACCACAAUCAGCUAGCACAGAAGACCCGCAGGGAGAAGAGAGCUCGGCAGGAGACUGAGCGGCGGGAGAAGGCAGAGCGGGCAGCCAGGCUGGCCAAGGAGGCCAAGUCGGAGCCCUCCGGGCCGCAAAUCAAGGAGCUGACUGACGAGGAGGCAGAGAGACUGCAGCUGGAGAUUGACCAGAAAAAGGAUGCAGAGACUCCUGAGGCCCAGCUCAAGAACGGCAGCCUUGGCUCCCCAGGGAAGCAGGAGGCUGAGGAGGAUGAGGAAGAGGAGGAUGAGAAGGACAAAGGGAAACUGAAGCCCAACCUUGGCAACGGGGCUGACCUGCCCAAUUACCGCUGGACCCAGACACUGUCAGAGCUGGACCUGGCAGUGCCCUUCCGUGUGAACUUCCGGCUGAAGGGAAAGGACGUGGUGGUGGACAUCCAGCGGCGGCACCUCCGGGUGGGACUCAAGGGGCAGCCGGCCAUCAUCGACGGGGAGCUCUACAAUGAGGUGAAAGUGGAGGAGAGCUCGUGGCUCAUCGAGGAUGGCAAGGUGGUGACGGUGCACUUAGAGAAGAUCAACAAGAUGGAGUGGUGGAGCCGCUUGGUGUCCAGUGACCCCGAGAUCAAUACCAAGAAAAUCAAUCCUGAGAAUUCCAAGCUGUCAGAUCUGGACAGCGAGACUCGCAGCAUGGUGGAGAAGAUGAUGUACGACCAGAGGCAGAAGUCCAUGGGGCUGCCCACGUCGGAUGAACAGAAGAAACAGGAGAUUCUGAAGAAGUUCAUGGAUCAGCAUCCAGAGAUGGAUUUUUCCAAGGCCAAAUUCAACUAGCCUCUGACAGCCUCUUGAACUUGUAGGACUGAGCCCCCAGCCAUCCUCUUUGCUUCCUCACCCUUCCCUGGGACCUGGGGACCUCAGGAUUGGGGCAGGUAUGGGACUGGCCCGGCACACAGGUCCCAGGGCACCAUGGGAGAGGGACUGGCUUUGGGAUGGUCUUGUCCUCCCCGGUUGGCCUCCUGUUACACAUUAAAACUAUUUACCCAACA